AUGCUGGGCUCUGGCCGCGAUGAUCUGGAGAACGACCUGAGGGCGAUGGAGGCCCAGUACAAGAACCAGGCGCGCGGCUGGGUGGGCUUCAGCACCAAGAUGGCGCACCGCAUCACGGCCGGCGUGGACAUCCUGCUCAUGCCGUCAAGGUUCGAGCCCUGCGGCCUCAACCAGCUCUACGCCAUGGCCUACGGCACGCCCCCCAUCGUCCACGCCGUCGGCGGCCUGCGCGACACCGUCAAGCCCUUCAACCCCUUCGAGAGCUCCGGCACGGGCUGGACGUUCGAGAGGGCCGAGGCGGACCAGAUGCGGGGCCAGAUCCACAACGCGCUGGUGACGUACAGGGAGCACAGGGACGCGUUUGUGGCGCUGCAGCGGCGCGGGAUGGAGCAGGACCUGAGCUGGGACCACGCAGCCCAGGUGUACGAGGAGGUGCUUGUGGCGGCCAAGUUCACGUGGUGA